GCCAAGAAGAUGAAUUGGGGUAUUGAGAGUUGCGAUGAGGGUCUUGAUAGCCAUUGCCAUGGUCCCUGAAUCUCUCCAUCUUCACAGUCACACUCCAGAUUACUGCAAACCCUAGAAAUUAGUAGUUUGACUGAGGAAAAUCAACAGCGGAAAUUGGGCGCCAGAGUCCAGAGAUUUAAAGUUUUGAUUGUGAUCAAUGUUGGGAUGAAAACAUAGGAAUUGGUGGUUUAAGUUUAUUAUGGGAGUAAUGAGUUUUGGGUGUGAAGUGGAAGAACUUGAAGACUUGUGCUCAAGUCUAUGUUGGGUUUUUGCGAAUCUAUGCUUAAGAACUUGAAGAAAUUGAAUUGCAGAGCGUUGGAAGAGCUUGAGACCUGUGCUCAAGUCUAUGUUGGGCUUUUAUUGAUCUAUGCUCAAGGACUUGAAGAACUUGAAUUAUGUGAAAAUCCAGCCCUAGGCUCCUCUUCAUCGUUGAAGCCCUCCACUCUGUACCUUCUUCCCUCUCCUGUGGCAGCUCCGAAGCUUCUAGAGCUGUUCAUGGGUGCAAUGCCUAAAACAUGACCUCUGGAUUCAAGCUUCAUCGAUGCCACACGAAAUUUUAUCAUUUUUGGCAUUCAUAAUCUCACUAUUGUAAUGAAUAAUGCAGUUAUUCGCUUCAACUUUAUAGUACCCGUUUGUUUCCUGGGAAAAGUUUUCAACUUGUGAAAGAAAAUCGAAUUGCAUGCUAUUUAUUUUCAUUUUUCCCUUUAGAAUUUAAAAAUGCAUUCUAAUGCUAACGGCUGAAAAUCCAUGAUUAUGGUAAUUUUUUUAUAUGUUUUAUAGUGUUUGUGAUGGGCUUUUAGACACUGGAACUAGAAUUCUUCUAAAGACAAUUUAUUAUUAUUAUUACAUCUUACAUAAGGAAAAUGGAUGCAAGUUUUGAAAUUUUAAUAAUUUUUAGAAUACAGU